UCGAAGCUGCGAAGGAGGCUCUCGUACGCGACCACACGCCAGCCAUUUGUGCUCGGAACCGCGCAAAGUUCAGCAAAAAAUAACGAAACGUAUUUGUGCUGAAGUGCAGGCUGCAGUUGGUCUUUCUGUGCUAUCAGAAGAAGGCAUACGAACCACAAAGCGCACAAACGCACGGAGGCAGAACGCACUGACGCAUCGGUACCGGGAAGAGCCAGCCUUAUCCUGCAGAAAAAGAAAGCAAAGCAAGAAAGGAUCAAGCUAAAGAAGGACCCCGGCUCAGUUCGUCCAUCGAAAACAAAACGGACGAAAGGCACACCGGGGGGAGCGAAGAAAAAUAAGCGUCCAACAGUGUGUGAGUGCCUGCCGUGGCUGUGAGAUACGGCCGUGCGGGCCCGUGUGGUUGUGCAGCAGGAAGGCACACUGAUAGAGAAGGAAAGAUAAAGGGCCUGGCCGCGGCCACUGUGCCACUCCGCACAAUAAGUGCCAUCAAACAAACAAAAAAAAAGACCCUCAAACCUACGCCGUAGGGUUCUUGGGUGCUCCGAGACUCGACGGAAAAGCAACAAAUCAAAAAACCCCAGUCCAAAGCACACAAAGACUCGCUGACGCGCAACCGAGAGGCAUCGUGAGUUGAGCGUGUGAGUGUGCGUCUCCGCGUACAACGCCAUCAUCCUUUCGCAGCUUCCGCUGUUGCCCGUCUUGAAGAGAAGACAGCAGGAAGACACUCCUCUGGGGCCGUUGAAGGGAUAUGCCCUAAACGCGACCCGGUUUGUUUACGGCACAUCCUUGGCACGGGUUCGCAGCCAAAGGCGGGGGCUCGUCCAGUUAGACGGGAGCGUUCGGUGGGGAACUCCUGCAACCGAACAAAACGCCCUUUCCUGACCCGGCCCAAACCCACGUUCCCUUCCACUGCUCCGUUCGAUCAGUGUGGAAAAGAGUCGAAGGAGAGCGAGGGUUGGUAGACGGUGGUAGAGAGAGAGAAGGCGCAAUUAGAACGCAACAGAAGAACUGUCUGCAAAGGAGCAAGCAAGAAAGAAAGCAGCCACCCAGCCCUUUGAAGGACGAGGCUACGCGCUUUCGAAAAGGUCCCCACGCCUGCUACGAUUCACGCACGCUGCAGCAGCUUCGAAAAAGGAUACACGAGGCCGUGUGUGUGUGUGUGUGUUUGCGCACGUGAGUGUGUGAGAAAGUGUGCUAGAAAGGCGAAGGGGAAAACAGGUGCUGUGUGUGUGUUUUUGUGUUGUUUGUGUUGUUGAUAUUCCCGUUUGUGGAAGCAAAGGGCGCAAGAAAGGGAUCCCUUCCAAAGAAGGUGAAAGAAAAUAGAAAAGUUUCGACCGAUCGCUUGUCGCGUGUGAACCAUCUGGAAAAAGCAAAAAGAAUAAAGAAGAAGCAGAGAAAAAAUCCUCAUCUUACGUCGCGAGUGCUCGCCAGCCCUUGGGUGUGUGCGCGUGCGUGCGUGCGUGUGUGUGUGUCUCAGGGCAGGAAAAUUCGAGACACCCCCUGAUGAAUUCGUCCCAACCGCCGUCCCAAUCGACGUCAGACGGUCAGCAAACGAUGGCCGAUAACGGCACGAUGCUGCCCUCCGUGGUGGAGAACGUGUUUAAUGCGGCCCGCACCGGGAACCUAGCGGCAAUGAAGAAAUGGACCUCCCGAUCGAUGGCAAACGACCUGCGAACGUUGGUCACGAUGAAGACGAAUGGCGUCACACCGUUGCUGAUCGCUUGCCGCAACGGUCACUUCGACGUGGUGCAGUACCUCAUCAAGCGGUGCCAUGCGGACGUCGAGCAGUCCGGUUCGGUGAUAUUCGACGGGGAAAAGAUCGAGGGCGCACCGCCACUCUGGUGCGCGUCCGCCGCCGGCCACACGAACAUAGUUAAGCUCUUAGUCCAGCACGGUGCCAAAGUGAAUAGUACAACCAAAACGAACAGCACACCGUUGCGAGCGGCGUGCUUCGAUGGGCACUACGAUAUUGUGAAGUAUCUCGUCUCGCAAGGUGCAGACAUUGAGGUUGCGAACCGGCACGGACACACCUGCCUGAUGAUUGCCUGCUACAAGGGACACUACAAAAUCACACAGUACUUGCUGUCGCUCAAGACGGACGUGAACCGGCGCAGCGUGAAGGGCAACACGGCCCUGCAUGAUUGUGCCGAGUCGGGUUCGCUCGAGAUCCUGCAGCUGCUCCUGCAGCACGGCGCCACCAUGGAUGUGGAUUCGUACGGCAUGACACCGCUGUUAGCCGCAAGCGUCACAGGACACCUGCCGAUCGUGGAACACCUGAUCAAGCUGCCGUUCGUAUCCCGGGAGGAUCGUAUCGCGGCCCUUGAGCUGCUCGGUGCUACGUACGUCGACAAGAAGCGCGACAUGCUUGGGGCACUUUCGUUCUGGAAGCGUGCCAUGGAAGACAGAUACAACAACACCCCGGUGCUUCCGAAGCCCGAAUGCAAAGCGGUUUCACCGUACGAUUUCGUGCAGGAGGUUAACAAUCUUAGCAUGCUCGAGGAGCUAGUGAUGGAUCCGGACCAGAUGCGCAUGCAGGCGUUGCUGAUCCGCGAGCGAAUAUUGGGCCCCGUCCAUCCGGACACGAGCUAUUACAUCCGGUUCCGUGGUGCCGUGUACGCUGACUCUGGUCGGUUUGAUCGGUGCAUCGAGCUGUGGACGUACGCGCUGUCGAUGCAGCAACACAUCCUGGAACCGCUCAAUCCGAUGACACAAUCGUCGCUGCUGUCGUUUGCUGAACUGUUCAGCUACAUGCUGGGUGAGGUUGGGCGUCCCAUUACCCGGGGUCGUAUUGUGCCGCCGAUCGAAACGUCCGACAUGUUGGUCGUGUUCAAGAAGUCCAUCCGCGAGGUGCAACUCGGCCAGCGGAUGUUUGAUAAAAUGGCGUUCCACGAGCGGGACCACGGGGCGCUCAGCCGGGCGUUGGUGAUUUCGCUGCACUUGGCCUGCCUGCUGGUGCGGUUGCUUGACGAGGAGGAAGAGCUGUGUUCGGCGGAUAUGAAGCACCAAAUUCUGCAGGCUCUGUACGAUCUGGUUAGCUUGAAGAUUGUUUCACAAACGGGCCGGACGGCGUUACAUCUCGCGUGCUACAAAGAUGCAGCCCUCGUCGGUCGGUAUCCGGUCUGUCAGCUUCCAUCGGCGCGGCUUGCGAAGGCGCUACUCCAGGUUGGUGCCGACCCGAACGCACAGGACGAUAAUGGUAACACGCCGCUGCACCUGGCAGCCCAAGCACGGCCCUGCCCGCCCAAUCUGGCACAAAUUCUCCUAGACCACGGCGCUCAUCUGGACACGAAAAAUGUCGACGGUGAUACGUUUGAGUCGCUCCUGCAAAACCAGCAACUGCACGAGCUGGUCAACCCGCUCAAGUACACCCGGCUGUCCUGCCUAGCGGCGCGUGUUAUCAAGCGUUACGCAAUCAACUGCCAGCACGACAUCCCUAAGUGUUUGCACGUGUUCGUCGAUUCGCACUAACUCGCACUUCCUGUUCCGGGGCUCCGAAGCCGGCCGUAUCCCGUACCCUGGAUGGAGCCGACGGUGGUGCCCGUUCAGCGAGGGGGAAGUGUUGAUCCGCGCGUAAGGAUCGACUGGUGCGCGUAGGAUAAUAGGACGUAGAUAGACAUUGCAAUGUGAAAGCGAUAGGGUUAAGCGGUUCUAGCUCGGAUGCGACUACGCGUGCAGCUGGCAGACGGAUGAUACAAUAAUUUUAGGAUAAAUCGAAAGUUUUAGCAGCGAACGCAGUAGCGCAGCGCGCAUCGAUCUUAUGUCAGGUAAACACACGGUGCAAACACCUUUCGCUGCCAUUCACCCAACCGGAAGGAGGAGGAGUUGAUAGGUGCAAGAAGCUAGAGAAGACCCUGACAGCAGGAAGGAAAGGCGGGCGUGCUAUCGAGCUUGCUAGUACGGGGUUGGGUGCCGAGGAUAGGAGUACCGUGGAUGAGACAGUCAUGCCCACUCAUUAACUGUGAAACGCGCCACCACGUCUAACGAUCAGCCAACGAUUUGAGCAUGCAUCAAAACGGCUUCGGAGUGAUCGGCGACAAUGGUAGUGAGCGAUUUUUAUGCAAAGUAUGUAUGGCCACCCGGUUGUUAGCCGGCAAUUUUCCGUUAGAUAGCUAAUGCUGUUCGAAAAACGAGCGGUUUAAAUGUGAGAACGGAGAAGGUGAAACUUUAGUAAAGGACCUUGCAUUGGUCAUGGAGGCAUGCUUUCGAUGGAAUUCCGCUGUGGUAAUGGCGUGGGAUUUUAAGCUUUGGUUCCGCGAAUUUAAGUUGUUUUUAUACAAAAUUGUCGACGGAUGAGAUAGAUGUGGGUAGUGAAGUGCAAGCUCAGAACUAUAUAUAUCAACUUGUAUUUUGCUAGAGAUACUCGUCCCCAUGCUCACUGCAUUGUUCCAAACUGUCUAAUAGUGGUUCAGCUCAUCAGGUCCCGUGAAAGAAGGACGGUAGAACGAGAUAAUGUUAAGGGUGUAAAUGCAUAUUGUGUGCACGUCAACUACAACGUUUUUUUAGAAUUCUCUUACAACCGAUAGCAAUAUGCUGUUGAAAAUGAUUCAUAACCGUGUGAUAGCGAGGAGCGAAAGAGAGCCCUUGAGAUAUGGGAUUGCGUGAGGAGCAGGGCCAAACAUAUCACUUUAGGUUCUGCUUUUUGUUUGCUUUUAGUUGCUAAAUGAUGUAGAAUUGUAAGCCACUUCCCAAUAAAUGAAAACCUCAUCAUACUGUAAUGCUGUACGGUUCAUGAUAAUUUCGCUUAUAAAUGUUAUGUAUGAAAUGGAGUUAGGUUAAUGUAUGAGGGUGUCGUUGAGAAAUGCAGGCCGACGAGAAGUAGCGUUCAAGAAUAAUUCUACAUUACCUGAUAUUUCGCGUUUGGUGUUAGAGUUGAGGAAAUAUAUUCUUGAGUUUUAGUGCUGCCACAACAUAGUCGCUUUGCAAACGCGACCACGCUAGUGCCCUAAUACCCUGUCGAGGUGGAAUUGUGGUAUUGCGAACGGUAGAAGGUGCUAGCCGACAGUGGAAACGAUCACCUAACUGCCUUCGUUGCUGUGCUAUUGUGGACAUUUUUUCGACCAGGAUUUAAAAAGAUAAUAAAUACUGUAAUUCGAAUUCCAAUCGUCUCCAUAUAGUUUGCCGUAAGAUAUCGGUUCGGACUAUGCAAAUUAUAACUAUUUGUGAUGGUGGUUCUAAUGCGAGAAGGAAAAAUGGCUUGGACAAUUUGAAUUAUGCAACCGGCACAGGUUUGGGAAAUGAAUGAAAACGAAUGCUAAGUAAGGAACUAAAAUGAAGAAGAGUGAGAGAGAGAGAGAGAUAGUAAAGAAUGAUAGUGAUAAAGUGAGUGUUAUAUGAGGUACAAUAUUAUAGCGAAAUAACGAUGAAAACAAAAAUGUUACAAUUGACAUAAAUGCGUUUAAGCUUCAUAUAAAAAAGGACGUACGUAAACACU